AGUAUGGCGGCUUCCAGUGCCAAUGUGGAAGGCAUAACAGGAUUGUUAGAGAACUUUUUAUCAAAAUUUGGAUUUGAAGUCUACCCUCUAAAGGUUGGUUGGUAUAACUCUCUGCUGCCUCCCACCCUUCGCCUGGCUUACCCAGAUGACAGCCUGGCUGUGGUGGUGUUCAGCACUCCUUCCAUGUUUGAACAAGCCUUCCUGCCAUUCAUGGAGGAGAGGGGCUGCCAGGGGCUGUCUGACCCCAUAGACCAGUGUGUCAAACACUGUGUCUCCUCAGCUGUCUCCCAGUGUUUUCCAGGACAGGAGGUGGAUGUGAGGUAUGACUAUGAGCUGCUGCCCAGCAGGAAGCCGAAGUUCUUGGCGCAGACUGCAGCUCACGUGUCUGGAGCAGCUUUCUACUACCAACAGUCAGACGUCAGAGACCAACCCUGGGCUGAGAAAAAGAUGUUCGGAGUGUGUGUGCAUCCGAGGUUCGGGGGCUGGUUUGCCAUCAGAGCGCUGCUGGUGUUUGGAGGGGUGACGGUGGGCUCUGAAGUGGAGCAACCUGUUCCUCCUGACUGUGUGCCUUCCAGAGAGGGCAGGAUACAGCUGCUGGAGGCUUUUAACUUUCACUGGCAGGACUGGAGCUACAGAGACAUCGUCCAUCCAGUCCAGACCUACUCUCAGAAACAGAGGGACUACUUUUCCACUCCUCCUGCUCAGCGUUUUGCUCUGCUUAAGACUUGGGGCUUCCUCCCAAGGGAAAACGACCCACAUGAUCCAACCUCAGAUUCACAGAGCCAGGUGAACGGACAUGGCUGAAAGGGAAGAACAGCUGCAGUGCUGAGCACAAACCCCCACUGCUGGACAGACUUUAGGUUUAUUUAACUUUGAUCGACCCAUGUGGGAUGUUGGACUAAUCUUGUAAGGUGAAAGAUGUUUUAAGGGAAAAGGGAUGCUUUUGAAGGACUGGCAUAUGAACAUUUACUUCUUUAUGGCCUCUAUAUGGAAACCUGAACAUACUCAAAUAUAUGUACAAUAUUAAUUCCAAAAAAGUAAAUCACAAUGUGACAAUUUGCUGACCCUUUCUGACAUAUACUCAAUUGAACACUACAAAGACAAUAUAUUUAAUGUUUUACAUCAUCAGCUUCAUUAAUUUUGUAAAUAUAUGCUCAUUCUGAAUUUGAUGCCAGCAACACACAAACUACUGACAUUUAAGCCACAACAGUGACUUUCAGUUUGCACAUUGCCUCAGUUGACUCCCUCAGUAUCAACAAAAGAGGCUUUGAGAUGUCCUGUAUCACCAGCCUGCCUUGAAUUUGUCAUUUACGUGCUGGUA